AUGUCUUCAUAUCAACCAAAUGAAGACGAUGAGUCAACGUCGUUGAUGCACCUGAAGUCGUAUCGUAGACCUUCAAUUGCAUUCCUUGAUGCACCAAUAGGGUCGUUCAAAGGGCCUAAUUCGCUUCAUAACUUUGCAUCGUCAUUCACCAGAGCUCAGUCGUUUGCAGCCACCAAGAUUGAUAAUCAAAUUCAUAAAAAACGGUCCUUUUUUGUAUCUGCUGAAGAUGAAGAUGGUGGGUCUCCAGAAGAUGAGACAUUUGAUGCUGAACUUAUGGUUCCUUCUGCCCGAGGUGAACGGUUAAGUAUUGUUGUUAAUGAUUUAAACCAACGGAAUCAACUCAUGGCUAGUGCUGGUGUCUAUGGUGGAAGUGGAGGUACACCCUCAGAUAGAUAUAAUGAUGUGUUUUAUCAAGAUGAUGUUCUUAGUGCUUUAAAUGAAGGUCGUUCUCGUCAAAACCUGACUGCUGGGAUAUCUCCAUCUUCUUAUGGAACUGGGGCUGGUGGAAUCCCUAUACACCCCAAUAAACGUAUGUAUCAUGCACCAUCCAUGUCUUCCGUUAGGUCUAUGCUUUCAUUGGCCACAACUGCUUCUCACAUGGCAUUGAAGAAAAUAGAAGAUAAAGAUGGUAAUGUGGUCACUGUGUUAGAAGGUCAAUCGACUGCGCCACAAACAGUAUUUAAUUCAGUUAAUAUUUUAAUUGGAGUGGGGUUAUUGGCACUUCCAGUUGGGAUCUUAAAAGCAGGUUGGGUGAUAGGAGUUCCCUUUCUUAUACUUUCAGGUUUAGUCACAUGUUGGACUGCUGGAUUGAUUUCAAAGGCAAUGGACACUGAUAGUACCAUUAUGACUUACGCAGAUUUGGGGUUUGCAAGUUAUGGAUCUUUAGCAAAAUUGAUUAUAUCAUUGAUUUUCUCCCUCGAUUUAAUGGGAGCAGGUGUUUCACUUGUGGUACUCUUUUCUGAUUCUGUGUAUGCCCUUUUAGGAGAUGAUGAAAAUUGGACGAAAACAAAGUUCAAGUUGAUUGGAUUCUUUGUACUUACUCCAUUUACAUUUAUGCCAUUGUCUGUUUUAUCAGUUUUUUCAUUGCUUGGAAUUGCUUCAACGAUUUCAAUUACUUUAUUGGUUUUCUUAUGUGGAUUAAUUAAACCAACAGCCCCUGGUUCCCUUCUUGAUAUCAUGCCAACCAAUUUAUGGCCUCAAUCUUAUCCAGAUUUUCUUUUAGCAAUUGGAAUCAUUGCAGCUCCCUUUGGUGGUCAUGCUGUGUUCCCCAAUUUGAAAUCAGAUAUGCGUCAUCCAUACAAGUUCAUUGAUACCUUAAAGAUCACUUACGGUAUUACAAUGUUAACUGAUUGUCUGAUGGCCAUUUUAGGCUUCCUUAUGUUUGGGAAUUAUUGUAAUAAUGAAAUCACCAAUAAUAUUCUUAUAACAAAGGGUUAUCCAGGUUGGUUAUAUCCAUUAAUUAGUGGACUUAUUUGUUUGGUUCCUUUGUCCAAAACAGCAUUAAAUGCCAAACCAAUCAUUUCAACUUGUUCUUCAAUUCUUAAAUUAGAUGUUCCUACUGACAGCAGAUUGAUUGCUGUAUUUCAAUCUACAGGGACUUUUCUUGUUAAGAUUGGAGUCAAUGCUAUUUUCAUAGCACUUGCUAUUUUAUUUCCUGAAUUCGAUAGAAUCGUGGGCAUGAUGGGUGCUUCCAUUUGUUUCCUUGUUUGUGUGAUCUUCCCUUGUUCCUUCUAUUUGAAGUUAUGUGGAGAUCUGAUUCGGUUGGGUGAAAGAAUUGUGGUAUGGAUAGCAAUUGUUAUUUCUGCUGCUUUGGGUUUUAUGGGAACCUAUGCAGUCUUCAAAUAUUAA